UGUCGCACAUGUAUGACGUCAGACCGGAGCUUGUUAUGGGAUGAUCGGUGUACCGGAGGCGAGUGCGGGCACCGAGAUACAAAUCGAUGGAGGAAGAAGCGAAAUCUCUACCUCUGGAAAAUGCGUCAAUCCUAUCAGAGGGCUCCCUACAAGAUGGGCACAGGCUAUGGAUAGGCAACCUGGAUCCUAAAAUAACCGAGUAUCAUUUGUUGAAGCUGCUACAGAAAUUUGGGAAUGUGAAGCAGUUUGAUUUCCUGUUCCACAAGUCUGGACCACUGGAAGGACAGCCACGGGGUUACUGUUUUGUGAACUUUGAGACAAAAACGGAAGCAGAACUUGCCAUCCAGCGCCUGAACGGCAAAAUGGCCCUGUCUAAGAAACUGGUGGUCAGAUGGGCACAUGCACAAAUCAAGCGAUUUGACAACUACAAGAGUGACAAAGUUUUGCCUAUCAGCCUAGAACCGUCCUCAAGUACGGGCACCACUCAGUCUACACUCAGUGUCAGCGCUAAAAUAAAAGCCAUUGAAGCCAAACUGAAAAUGAUGGCGGAAAAUCCAGAUUCUGAACUCCCUGGCCAACCAUCAUAUUCCUGUAUUAAGGCUGCAGAAAAGAAAAAGAACAACCCAUAUCCUAGGCCAGCAUGGAGAUCAAAAAGAUGACAUUGUCGCUACCCCACUUCUGGGACCAGUCAAGCCCAUGGUGUAUAUGACACUCAAAGAAAUAAACCUCAUGUGACUUUACUUCUGCUGCACAAACUUUGUUGGAAUAAUUUAUGGAGUGAAACAGUUUCCAACAAUUUUAUUUUUAAUAUACAAGCUACAUUUUAUUUUAUUUUUUUUUUCCCUAUUUCUCCUAACUGUGACCCAAUUUUCAUUCUAUUUACCCGGAUAAAAUAUAUACUGAAAUUCUGCAUUGUUUAAAAUGAAGUUUCUUGUGUUUAAAAUAAUUGGUAAGUUUGUAGGAGUAAAUUAUUUUAAAUACAUUUGUCCCUUACCUAAUGUAAAGAUGGAAAUGUAUUAAAUGUUUUUUGUUUUUUAUUAAACCAGAUGAAAAAUAUUCAAAUAAAAAAAAAAUCACAA